GAGAAAGCUGGGACGCGAUCUCGAGUGGGAGCCCCGGAACUCGGGGGAAGAGAAACCCAGCUACACCUGGUCGGGAGCCGGCGCUUUGUGAAGAUGGCGGGGCCGGAGCUGCUGCUCGACUCCAACAUCCGCCUCUGGGUGGUCCUGCCCAUCGUUAUCAUCACCUUCUUCGUGGGCAUGAUCCGCCACUACGUGUCCAUCCUGCUGCAGAGCGACAAGAAGCUCACCCAGGAACAAGUCUCCGACAGUCAAGUCCUAAUUCGAAGCAGAGUCCUCAGGGAAAAUGGAAAAUACAUUCCCAAACAGUCUUUCCUGACACGAAAAUAUUACUUCAACAACCCGGAGGAUGGAUUUUUCAAAAAAACUAAAAGGAAGGUAGUACCUCCUUCUCCUAUGACUGAUCCCACUAUGCUCACAGACAUGAUGAAAGGCAAUGUAACAAAUGUUCUCCCUAUGAUUCUUAUUGGUGGAUGGAUCAACAUGACAUUUUCAGGCUUUGUCACAACCAAGGUCCCAUUUCCACUGACCCUCCGUUUUAAGCCUAUGCUACAGCAAGGAAUCGAACUACUCACAUUAGAUGCAUCCUGGGUGAGUUCCGCAUCCUGGUACUUCCUCAAUGUCUUUGGGCUUCGGAGCAUUUACUCUCUGAUUUUGGGCCAAGAUAAUGCCGCUGACCAAUCACGGAUGAUGCAGGAACAGAUGACUGGAGCAGCCAUGGCCAUGCCCGCAGACACCAACAAAGCUUUCAAGACAGAGUGGGAAGCCUUAGAGCUGACAGAUCACCAGUGGGCCCUAGAUGAUGUCGAAGAGGAACUCAUGGCCAAAGAUCUCCACUUCGAAGGCAUGUUCAAAAAGGAAUUACAGACCUCUAUUUUUUGAAGACCAAGCAGGAAUUAGCUGUGUCAGGAACUCAGAGUACGCUUAACCUUGUAACUUUCGUUUGAGCAGGAGCCUCUCAGAAUAAAAAGGAGGAUGCAUGAGCUGGCGGAUGUGCAGCAAGGAUCAUUCUUGUCUGAGCCGGUUCCCCUUUAUGUUUGAAACUAGAGGAAAUACAAGGAGUGUGUGCUGGGUGACUUACCCAGAAACAGCUAUUUUAAAAAUGUUUUUAAUUUUCCAUCUGGUGACUCUAGUAAUGAAAGUCAGAGAAAGGGGGAAAAUUCAAGCUAGUGAUAAUUUAUAAAACUUAGCAAAAAUACAGUCCUUGGAAAAGGCAUUGUCAAUUAUACCUAAUUAUGUGUAGUCAGCCUGACUUCUAACCACAGUAAACUCCUAUUUUCUUGGGAUCCAAAUACCCUGCAUUUUACCUUUAAUUUUUUGUUAGUAUUUUUAUAACUUUCUUUACAUAAAUAAUACAUUUUCAUUACUGAAAAUUUAAGAACUAUGGAUGAAGCUCCCUGUGUUGUUCAUUUUGAGCCUACAGAAUGACAUAAAGAGCAAAUGUGUCAAAACCUUAUUCAGAUAAACUUUUUUCAGACUGAAUGCCCAGGGCCAGGACAGACUUAGCAAACCUUCACUAUCUCAUAAUACUUACUGUCCAGCGAAAAUCAGUGACCGUGAGACACUGCCGGAUUCUCAAGUGCCUUUGGGAUCAUUAAAGACAGGUUACAUAAUGUGAGGUCUUGAUCUGGAGUUCAGAAUAUAUCAAAUCCAUUGACAAAUCAAUGGUGCUAUACUGUAUAUGGCUUCUCAGUUGAAUGAAAGACCACAUUUUUCAGUUAUUCUGCAUAAGAGAGAGUUUAUAUAUCACUGUAAGAAGGAAGAGAGAGCAAUUGCUGGUAGACACAUAGUUGAGGGUUGCCCAGGAAUAAUUCUGUCUGGAUUAACUCCCAGGAAAGUGGCAGGGUACCAUUUCUGUACCACAAGGUGAAUGUAAUUUGCAUGUUGAACGCUGUAAUCAAGAACAAACAAUUCUUGACUUUACAAAUUAAACCAUCCUGUUUUCUCUUC